AUGAAGGCUACAACAGCUGCAUGUAAGAUACACGAAGAGAAGGAGCGACGCGCGCGCACUCCGGGUGCAGGGUCCGCGCCCCAAAGUAGCCUUCAGCCCCCGGCGUCGCCCGCGGGCGCCGUUAGCGUUUUAGUCACGCCCCGAAACCCCUCCCGGCCGCCGAGCCGUCCGGCAGGCCCUUCCAGGCGGCCCCGGCUUAUCGCCCCCGGCCCGGCCGCUUCCCGGCCGCAGGCGGGCGAGCCUCCCCAAGCUUCCUGUGACGACGCCGGCCGCCGGCCACCGCCCGCCCGGCGGGCCUGGAUCCCGGGCCGCGCCCCGCCCCCCGGGAGCUGGUGGGGGAGGGCCGGGGUCGGGCGGCAGCGCCCGCCCCCGGCCGGCGCCCAUUGGCCGGCAGCUCGCGGGCGCCCGGAGACCGGAGCGCCUCCGGAUUGGCCGCGAGGGCCCGUGAUGGUGGCCCCCAUUGGCUGGGGCGGCCCCCGUGACGCGGGGUGGCUACGGGCUCCCGCGUCCGAGGGGCUCCCGCUUGUCAGGUUCUAG